GGCGUUGAAAGCGGAACGGGUAAAGUGCGAACCAGUUUUCCGGCCUAUGGGCUGUGUCCUGUGAGCCUGUGACUCUGUGAGGUUCUGAACCACUCCUGAGGUUUCAGUCAGAGUGAAACGUACUUUUGUUUUUCAAAAAUAUCACACGGACACGUUUAUCUCGGCGCAGCUUCUUUAUUCAACAUAUGAGCCAAAGUUAGUGAGUUUUCGUUUUUCAAAAUAAGAGGCUUUGACGUUAGGGAUUAGGCCAGUAGGAUGAGCGGGGAAAUCGCGUUGGAGUACCCGUUGAAAGUGCUCUACUGCGGCAACUGCUCGCUCCCGACCGAGUACUGCGAGUACAUGCCGGACCAUGAGAAAUGCAAGCAGUGGCUCGAGACAAAUCUGCCAGGAGAGUUCAAGAAGUUGGCCGUCAACGAGAGCGAGGAAGGGACCGAGGAGAAGAAAAGGCAGAAGAGAGGUGGCAAAGGCCUCACCAAGAUCAAGAAGAAAGAAGAAGGGCCCAAACAAGUAGUGAUUUCGAGGGCACCGCGUGGUAAGAAGAAAUCUGUCACCGUUGUCACCGGUCUAAGCUCGUUCGACAUCGACCUUAAGUUUGCCUGUAAAUUCUUUGGAACUCGCUUCGCCUGUGGCUCCUCCGUCACCGGUGACGAUGAGAUCGUAAUCCAGGGUGAUGUCAAAGACGACCUCUUUGACGUUAUACCGGAAAAGUGGCCCAUCAUCGACGAAGAAUUUAUCGAAGACGCUGGUGACCUCAAGAGAUAAUGAAAGCUUUUUGUAGACAACACAAAUAUAUGCGUUAAACAUUGUUAUUUUGAUGUGUCAUAUGUUUUUAAUUUUCUGUUAUGUAUAAUUUUCUAUCGUGCGUUUUUCUAAGAGACAAGAAAUGUAAAUACAUUAAUUAUAAAGCAGGAUUUUCUUUUGUGAAA